AUGGCUGAGGUCGCCGGCUUGGUUCUUGGAGUACUCCCCAUUAUCAUAUCGGUAUUAAAUCAUAAAGAUGAGGUAUCGGAGUACACACUUGCUUUCUUCCGUUGGCAGAAAGCCAAAGCACUUAUGACGCGACAGCUUGCAUUAUGUCAGGUGGACUUCGAUAUUAAUAUGCGGUUGCUUCUUAAGAACACUGUGAGUCCAGAGAAACACUGCAAUAUGAUAGAAGACCCACAGCAUGAUUCAUGGACAGACAGCGAGUUCCUCCAAAAGGUAGAAGAAAAGUUGGGCAAGUUUUAUGCUGUACUGAUAAGCAUACUACGUGACAUCGAGGGUAGCAUGAUUUGGAUCGUCUCCAGCCUUGAUAUAGCCGGCCAAGAUGAGCUGGCACAAAAGGGUUUGGGGGCCAUUAUACAAGAGUACGAUCCCGUCACCCAAGCUAGGCUUCCAGAAAGGACUCUCAGACUACGAAAACGAGCGAGGUUUACAUGGAGCUGCCAUAAAGUCAAAGCUGAGAUGAAAAAGCUGGAGGGUUGCAAUGCGAGAUUGAAUAGAAUCUUGACAGCUUCUAAUAAGCUCGCCGAGUUGACACCGGCUACCGACAAUAUGGCUGUCAGCUUCGUUGGACCUCUAGAAGAAAUUUCCAGAAAUGCUUCCAGAGUCCAUGAUGCCCUGUCCAGCAGUUGGUGCUCCCUUGGUGACUGCAAUCAUCAGGCCGCCAUAAUGUUAGAGGAGAGACUGUCUCGAAAAUCCAUCUGUCAUAGAUCUGGUGCAAAUCGUCCAUAUGCAAAUAUUGGGCACUUUAGUAUCUUACUUUCGAGAGAUGCUGUGGCUGCCUGGCUGAGCGCUGAGUUCCACCUGGAGCGUGACAAACCACUGGAACCAACUCAGUCCUUUGCGUUAUGCGAUUUCUACCGCCUAGCUAUCACACUGGCAUCAUCCUGCAUCCAGCUUCAAAGCACUCGCUGGCUUCACCAAUCCUGGAACAAGCAGAGUAUCUUGUUCCUUCGACCCGACCCAGAUGGCGAGGCUUCGGCAGACAUGCGGUAUCCUUAUCUUGCCCUUCAAUCUCAGUCAGUGAAUGGCACAGAAGGCUCAGAAAUGGAGCGUGUUAACAUGCUGAGCCUCGCAAUCAUGCUCAUGGAAAUCAAAACAGGAACGGCAAUAGAGUGUCAUAGACGCCCAGACGACCUGGGUUCAGACGGGAAGCAAAAUAGCUCAACCAACUACUUGACUGCUUCAAGGAGCCAAGCCUCCCUCUACUUGUGCACAGAACCCACCAAAUUCUCUGCCCUGUUCUGUCUCGUGAUGAGUUCCGACGUGCAUCGCGAUGCUACGAAAACGAGUCUACGUACUCUUCUUUGGGAAAAAAGGACCCCAAUUCCUGACCAAAAACUGAAAUUUGCGUGGCCAUACGAGCUGCUCAAAACGCUGAUGACACCGGUCCUGAUCUAUAACGAACUGAUCGUCUUAUCGAUGAACGAGAGGGAAGCAACGAAAUAUCGAGACAUCAUCCUCGGCAAAUACAAAAAGCGAUCAAGGGCCUCCCCCGAGACCUAUCGCCGUGUCUUUGCCAUACUCCUCUUCCAAGGGCAGGUGAUGAACAUCGGCAAGUUUCUGAGGGAGAAGCUACACGACGGACUUUUCCCGUUGGACCGUACCGAAGGGCGCGAAAUUGCUCAGAAGUGUUUUGAAUCACUCGGUUGGGACGAUGAGGAUGUGGAAUACUUCAACAGCUCUGGAUUGAGAGUGUCGGCUGAUAGUGAUAUCAGGAGCAAGCAAUAG